AGGAAACGCAUUUCACAGGCUGCACAGUCAAAAUCAAUGUCGAACUGAGUUAAAAUAUUCCACCCCUCAUUCGUGAUUACGACACUUCGCCGAAAGGUUAUUCUCCUCGGUAUUGCUGCAAAUGUGAGGAAUAUUUUUAAAGUUUUGUUCUAUUGUGCAAGUGCUUGUCGCUAGUGGAAAAACAAUCCUUUGUACAAUGGAAAACAAUACAAGCAGUGAUAUUGAUAUGUCAAAGCUUGGACCAUCAGCCAAAGGCCUGUUGACAACGUUUGAAAACGCCAAUGCAAGCCUAAUGGCAUCGGCCUUAGUGUCCUCGAUUCAAUUUGUAACCGCUGCGAAAGAUGUGGCCGAAGCAACGCGACACAGUGACUGUGAAGGGCAAAGCCGACCAGACGCUUAUUUUAGUCGUAGCCCAAUGCAGGACCUUUCCGACGAUGAUAUGUCGGACUUUUCCUCCAACGAAAGUGAUGGGCUAGAGGAGCUAGAUCUGAAAAAUUCCGGCCAUGGACCCAGUGCUGAAGAAGAGACUAGUGGUUCGAAUCAUGACGGCUGUGGAUCACUUGAGACAUCCAUGCCUGUGCUUAAUCUAGCCGGUACUAAGCUGGGUAUCGGAAGCAGUAGCAUUAAUGGGUCCGGUGCCGUCGUCAGAAAAAUGUUCACCAAUACAAGAGAACGCUGGCGUCAGCAGAACGUAUCUGGUGCAUUCGCUGAGCUGCGGAAGCUUGUGCCGACGCAUCCGCCGGACAAGAAGCUAUCAAAAAAUGAAAUACUUCGCAUGGCCAUCCGAUACAUACGGCUGCUUACGAAUGUGCUCGAGUGGCAGAAGAAGCAAGAAGCAAACGAUCUUCGCACUCCGUUGAAACAACGAAGCUCACAACAGUCUCAACAGCUUCUAUCGAUCUCACAAACGACUGGUCAUGCAAUACAACAACAGCAUUCUAACAACGAGAACCAUUUCACCGGCAACUAUAGAGAAAAUGGUAACAAUCUGUUAAUGAUCGUGUCGCCUAAAUCCUUUGCCAAAUCUACCAACUCCAGUAACCGCACCGUUAAACUGGAAUCGAAAAUGGAACAAUGCGUUGAGAUAGAGAAGAUCAAGUUGGUUAGCAAACUGUGCCCGCCGGGUAAAAUGGCCAAGCCUGGUCCUGCAUCGAGCGGUAGUGCGAAAAAUCGGCGUAAAACCGUGGGCAGCACAGUACAUAUGCGGUCCGGUUUGCAUAUCAAAACGGAUCUGAUGGCGCUCGCUCAACCGUAUGGCACAGUACCCACUAUGAUGGAAACUGAAAUUAAACGUGAACUAACGCACCACAGUCAAAUGGCUCUGGUCGAUGGAGCCGGACAUAGUCGGGAUUAUUUAAACAGUGAUGGAAACGCGCAGAAAAAAAAUACCGAAAAAGGAUUGGAAAAGCAAAAGUAACUCACACCACAAUCAAGGACAUGAAUCGGAAUGAUUGUUUGAAUUUUAAUAUUUAAACCGUAGUACGUGCAUUAUAAGAGCGAAUUCGAAUUGGUGUUUUGCAUUUUAAUAAAAAAAAGAAUCCAUUCAUAGACGAAGGGCUUAUGCUAAAAAAAUCCAAUUUAUGUCUAUUUGUACCACUUUGCUUCUUUUGCUGUAUGCUUGAUACGUUAAAUGUACGUUUUUCAAACAGGUGAUGUCGAUAUGUGAAAAUGUGAUACAAUGAAAAACACUUUUUACUAUGUGCUUCUUUAUGAGCAUAAAGACCCUUAAAAUGUAAUUUGGAAAGGCAAUUAAUAUGAUAAAUAUAUAUAUGAACAGUCCCUUUCAAGAAAGGUUGUCUCACUUUUUGAAAAUCUCUUUUUAUUUCUUUUAUAAACUAAGUCGAGCUCCAAUUCGAGUUGUAUUGUAUAUUUCAAUGUUAUUAUAGUAUUUUAGCGUGUAUAACGACCCCUUUUUAGGUAGAAAACUACCAAAAUUAUAUUAAAGAGCUAGUAGCUUUUAGCUUAGCUGAUCUCGUGGCACAGUCGUAAACUCAAAGGACUUAACAACAUGCCCGUCAUGAGUUCAAGUCCCGAAUGGACCGUGCCGCCAUACGUAGGACUGACUAUCCUGCUAUGAGAGGAAUCAAUAAAUCACUGAAAGCCAAGUCCACAAGUAAUGAUAGGCCUGCCUGCCUUGAUCGACAACAGUUGCUGAACCAAAAAGAAGAAGAAGAAGAACUUUUAGCUUACUUCUGAGAAAUCCACAAAGGGUAUCCACAAAGAUAAAGACUGCAAGGAGUGUUGUCAGUGCAAUAGGACAAAACUGAGGAAAUAAUUGAUCCAACUGAAUCUCCAAAUUGGUUAUUAAAAUUCAUAAACAAGAAUCAUUUUAGUAUAUGGUUAAAACUAAACUUGUUUGGAAAAUACCAAAAGGUAAAGUAAUGGACUUCCAUUCGCUUGUACUACAGGCACGAAACAAAUUUACCUGAAUCAAUUUGGUGACAUAAAAAAAGUUGUUGUUUUGGUUUAUUAUUAAACGUAAGAAAUUAUUUUUUUGAAAAUUUUAAUUAUUUAUUAGAGGAGUCGUUAUACACGCUAAAAUACGGUACUGCUCGUUAUUGACAUAAUAAACAAACUUAUUGAUUUAUUGAGUACCACGCAGUCGAAUUGUCAAGACAGCAAGUUAUUAUGUCAAUUACAUGCAUGUUACUAACAUAAUAACUUUAUGCUAUUACUAAAAAUGUUAUUGUUCCAGUGCAAUUGCAGUACUACUAAAUUAUAAUUAGGUGAUGGCCUCACUGGCAAUUUAAAAAGGUUGAGUGUACUAUUAUCUUCUAUUCAUAAUAACAUGACACAAUUUGUGAUGCUGGCAAUAUUUUAUUUAAUAACGUUUUUUUGCAGUAUUUAAAAUUACACCUAUCGACUAUGGAACUGAAUAUUUCGUGAAGGCGGCCGAAAACAAUGUUUCAAAUUGAUUUCCACUUAUACGCAGGUUUAAAAACUGACUAUUCUAAUAUUUUUCAGUUUCAUCAGGCAAAACUUGUCCGUCUAGGCUUGUUGCCAAAUAAAAAGAUUAAUGCACAAUCUUUUGAAUUAUGUGUGCUGUGAGCAGUAUCAGUAAACUGAAGAGUUGUCUAUUAAAAACACACAAGAGCUCUUUUUCAUCUCUUUUUAACCAGAUGCAUGUCCACACACGUGCAUGAAGGUAGUAGCAGUAAAAAUCAUCAAUUGUAAAUCAAACCCCUCUUCAAAAUAACCAAAAUGCCGAGAUAAAGACUUACUAUUGCCAUCGUUCACUAAUCCAUUUUCCCAGUGAUAUCACAUGAACGGGCUACACUUUAUUUGUACAAAAUUCUCGAUUUAAAUUCAUUACACCAGUCUCAUUUGGACGAUGGCACGUGUUUGACACAUCGUUUUGCGUUGAGGUGACAAAUAAGCCAACGUGACGAGUGAAAACUACGCUGAGAAUCUGGUUCGGUGUAGAUAAGAGAAUAUGCUCUCCUCCCCCUGGUAUGACUUUCUGUUCGCUCGAGGGAAAACGGAACCUCGUGCCCACCACCAUUGAGCAAAACAUCCGAGGCACUUUAUGCCGUCCCACAGUCCCACAAUUACUUUCAAAUGAUGCUCUUCCUUUGCCACACGCCAAUCCCGGACACGUGUCAUCAUCACCUAGCGCAUGGUUAUCGAUGGCACGAGUGGCUAAUAGGAUAAAGAUUAGUGUGUUUAGUUUAUUUUAUUGAUUAGUGCAAAUCACAAUUUGAUAUAGGGUAGAUAGUUGCAUCUAAACGAACUCGUAGAAGCUUAGGCUAGACCAUGGAAAUGGGCUGAGAAUUUUCCCCUCCUCGCUUAUGGUACUAUCUAUCCAUUGUCCUUUGCAAACCACGCCCUCUAAAGAAAGUAAAACGAAAGCAAAAUAUUUUUUGCACUGCAAAGUUUUGAAUUUAAACGUAGAAAAAGAUUACGUUGUACUGGUAUUCAGAUUGAACAGAGGUUCGAUUUAGCAACAAAAAGUGUAGAGAAAGGUGUGAAAAUUGUUUCGCGAUAAGCACCAUAGCUGACAGCUAAGGAUAAGUGCAUUUAAUCCUUUAAACACAACAACCCUUGUUCGGCCUUUAUCGGUUGUUAGUCAACCAUUUUAAUCAGAUUUUGAACUAGAAAGGUGAAUUUCAAUAAACAAAAAUAAAAGAGAUGUUAAUGAUUUUAGUUGUUUAGCCAUCAGUCUAUUGAUUAAAAUAAAUAUAUUUUAAAUUUGUAAACUCACAGAAAACUUUUUUGUAAAUCUAAAACGUAUCAAUAAGUAUUGUCAGAAGUAUUUGCUUUAAAAUAUCCUUACUUUUUAUAUGAAUUUUAUACGAGUUUUGAUACUUGUAUCUUGAAAUUAGUGGGGACGGCCCCGUGGUACAGUCGGCAACUCGUACGACUUAAGAACAUGCCCAUCA